UUUGAUUUUUGAACCAUGAAAAUUCAAAGCGAAAAAUCGAAAUUACGAAGACAUAUCGAAACCGUUCAUCUCCUUCUCCCUUCCUUCCUUUCGACGAACCUUGGCAGCUCUCUCACCACCGCCGCCAUCGCCCGUCCGCUUCCGGGAAAAAGAUCGCCGCCUCAGUCUUCCAUCCACCGCCCUCAAUCCGUUCACGGACUAAAGGUUACUACACCUUCUCUCUCUCUCUCUCUCUCUCUCUCUCUCUCUGUUUAUGCACGUACACAUCUGUUCGUAGAGCCGAGUGUUCUCUUUGUUGGAACAUUUGAAUGUUUUCAAGGAAUUAGAAAUGUCGAUACUUGAGGCGUGAACUGUCGCGACUGUACUAGCUUCAAGUGAGAAGCAAUAAGCUUUGCGCUGUCAUGCUCGGCUUUCGCGUCUGAAAUGGGAUUCUAAGGGAGUUAAAUUUUAGGCUUAUGCUCUCGAAUGCUAAUGGUUCCUGGUUUGCUUUUCCUUCCAAUGUUGCUGUGAUUGCCCAUCCUGUAUUCACUGUGUUUCUUCAAUAUUCUCUUCUCCCUUUUUCAGGGUUUAUUCGUCUGGGCAGUAGUUUGAGAGAUGGAAUCUUUUUAGGUUCUUGGGAAAAUUGUAGGUUGCAGUAUUGAUAAAUUUCGGGGGGAGAUGAGUUUGAUUGUGAGGUUAAGGUAUCACCUGUCAAAUGGGUUGUGUGCAAAAUCGUACCUUCCUGCUUUGAAUCAAGCAAUCAUCAACGGUGUAUUGUCUCGGAGCUUUGCACAAGCUGCUAGGAAAGAAGAGGAUGAAGAGGAAGAAGUAGAAAUCGAUCAAAGGAGGCUUCCAGCUGACUAUGAUCCUGCAACGUUUGACCCCACAGAGCACCGUAGCCCUCCCACCGAGCGCGUGUUCAGGCUGGUUGACGAAAUUGCCUCAUUGACAUUGGCAGAAGUUGCAGAGCUGGGCUCAAUUAUAAUGAAAAGGAAAGGAAUGAAGGAGUCACCAACAGUGGGAGUUAUAAAGGGUGGAGCAGCAGCUGGAUUGGCUGGGAUGGGAAUGAAAGGGUCAACAUCAGCAGCUGCCAAGGAAGAAAAGAAACCAGAGAAGACUGUCUUCGAGUUGAAAUUGGAAUCUUACGAAGCCGCUUCUAAGAUUAAGAUAAUCAAGGAGGUGAGGAGCUUUACUGAUCUGGGUCUCAAGGAAGCGAAGGAUUUGGUGGAGAAGACACCAGCAGUGUUGAAGGCAGGAGUGUCAAAGGAAGAUGCUGAGAAGAUAAUCGAGAAGAUGAAAGCUAUUGGUGCCAAAGUUGUCAUGGAAUGAAGAACACGUCAUUAGCUCCCAUCGAGAAAAGAAAGGUAUACAAUGCCUCUCCUGAGAGCUCUUCUUCCUUCUUCCAGUAUUGUAGUUUCUUUAGCUGAUAUGGCGGAGGACUCGACUGGAGUGAUGUGUUGCAAUCUCUGUUUGUAGAACAGUGUCAAAACAGGUGUGCCGUAGAACAACAGUAAUGUGUAGGACGAAGAUUUUUCAAUUUGAAGUCGCCCAUUGUUGGUGAGCCUUUCAGCAUUGCCAUCUUUUUGUAGUCUUGAAGGAUGUUUCUGGUAUGUUGUCUUCUUCUCAUGAUUAGACACGGGUUUGGUAAUAAGAAGGGUUACUACCGUCUACCAGCCAUGAUGAACUUCCUAAUGCUCAUCUUGACCUCUAUUGGAGGCUUGAUCUGGCAAUGGGGUUGCUCGAAUUUGUUGGUGCAGAAUUGAGUUUCAUGCAUAGGAUGGUUUCUUUUGUUUGGCAUGAACAACGACCCCGAGAUGGAGGACAGCAACCCCAUUAGGAUCUGGUACUUGUUCCUUCACUGUUCCUUUGAUUUUCCUUUUGCGUUGAGUGAGAAGUGCGCUAGUUGAUGAUUGCCUAUUGGCCUUACUAACCACUUUGUUAUGAUGGAUUAGCCUUAUUUUCCAUGCAUCCUUAUGUUUCCUCGCAAUGUUUUUAGUAAAAUGUCAAAACGACCCCAGUAACAUUUGAAAGUAGGGUGAAUUGCAUGUUUGGUCACUCGUAUUACACGUUUGGUCCUCGAACGAUUCUUCCUUCAACUUGGCCAUCAAUAUUACACCUUUAUGUCAUUUGUGGUUACUCGUCGUCUAGAUUUUUUUUUUUUAAUUUGUCCCACGUGGCGGUCAACAUUUCUUUGGCGCAACCACUCGGUAACUCUAGCCCUCCCCCGACGACGCCUCCUCUGCUCUUUCCUCUUAACCAGCGUCGCCCCGUAUCCCGUCCAUUGCCUUCCAUUCUCCCUAACCAUUCGAUCAGCUGAGAAGAGAAAUCAUUAGCCAGAUUUUUCCAGCAACCUUUAUGAUUGUGCAGCAGUUCAAUGAUAUCAUGGAGUUUUUUUUUUUUUUACGAAUAAUAUCAUGGAGUUAUAGCUGCAGAUUUCACAUCAUUGUGAUCGUCAGAGUUUUUCAAUGUUGGUCGUGGUAAUGAUGAUGAGGUGAAGUCCAAGCGCAGUGGCAACAGCAGCUGGUUUAGGAUAGUGAAGCAAAGGUAUUGUUUAUCAAUGUACUUGAGUUGAGUGUUACUCCCAUCUAAGCAUAGUUAGUAAAAUACGGUACAAGAAAUUGGCUAUUGUAAC